GGAGAAUCAUACAUCAAAGCUGGGAAGUGAACGGUGAUAAAAGAGACAAUGGAUUUGUAGAGUUUCUUUAUUUAACACUUAACUGAAAGCAUGGAAAGCUGUAUUACAUUACUUAGGUCGUGUGGACGAAGAAUAGUAGAAUACAGUCGACUGUACCACGAUAUGAAAAUUAGAAACAGAUUUACUGUAAAAAAUUCAAUGUAGGGUUUGGCAGGGCGCCGGCGCCGGUCUAUAAAUAGUGGUCGAAUGUGUAUGUAAGUGAGUAUGUAGUACACGCCGCGCCGGUUACGGCUCGUGGAUAAAGUAAAAGGAAAGCCAGCCAUCGUGUGCAGACGACAGUAUAUUUUGCCGCUUUGUGCCGCGUAGCCGCGAAGAAAGAUGCGGCCCUUCCUUCCCAGCAUCGUUUACUACUAACGAGUUCCAUGACACGGCGCGUCAAGUUAUUCGCCAGCUAGCCGACCCCGUCGUAUCGACGCAUCUCCGCGCAAAACAAUUGUCAUUAAAUCCCGAGGCUGGGGUGUUACAUUUUACAGACGCUAAAAUUACUUGAGUGAUCGCCGUGCGAUAUGCGGCGUAUUCGUUGACGCAAUAGCUCACUUUGAGAUGUGACUUUGUGAUCCGUGUCCGCGUCAGCUGAUCGACAAUUGAUUGAGUAAAUUAGGUGAUUAUGUAAAUUGCAGUUGAGAGCGGACGUUGGAAAAUGUUAUCGUUCGGCUCCCUACCUGUGUGAUCACGCUCACCGAACCGUUCGCUACAUUCUCACCCAACAGAUAAAACUAAUAGCUGUGUCCUCGUGAUGAAAGAUUACUAACCACGCAACACGGCAACCCCUUUCCGCCAGGCGCACGAACGAACAUUCGUAAGACUCGUAUACGGAAAUUCUGACGGAAAGAUCUGUUACCAUUAUGUACCACUUUGUCAGGAGAACUAAUUAAUACUUAAUCAUGGAUCCAGUGCUUAAUACUUUAAUGUUCACAGUUUGAAAUGAAUCGGAAGAAGAGUCAGGUAAAUUGAUCGCUGAUAUUCGCACAAUCUCUGUAUACACAACGUCGGUCAGUAAAUUAAUUAAAAGCUUCAUAAAAAAAUACAUCAUAUUUUUACGCGAGACUCUGGAGGUAUCGAGUUACACGGACCGUGAAACCCCGUUUCAUUUUAUACCUGCGGAAUGCUUAUUUUUAUGCAAUAAACCACGCGUAAGCUCCGUUGACUCUUCGAUACACUAUCGCGCUUGUUUAAAACCUAUACUACUUACACCGCACGAGGAAGAUAUGCAAGCAAUUCGGUAACGUUAAUAAUAAUUCAAACGUCAUAGCGAAUAACAAUAUAAUGAAUAAUGAUUCGACCGUAGCUGUGUAACAGCAGCCUGCGUUUUAAUAGCACGUAUAACAAGUGGUCGGCUUUGAGGAUUUUGGAAGACACGUAGCUAAAUCGAAAGUAAUCGGACCAUUGCCCAGCACAAAAGGAUCUUUCGAAUUUCACUUACUACCCACUUCCAUACAGCGUGAUUUCUAUAAUUUCAUGUGGCCGAAUCGAAUAUCGUGAUGUUUGAUGUUUAGAUCGACGAUUAAAAUGGCUCUAGUGAUGUUACCCUGCGACUUACCAUGGUGGCCAGCCGUGGUAAAACAAAUGGACCGAGCUGCCGCUGCCAGGAAUUCCAAAGAUUUAAUAGAGGCGAUGCAGAGGUUGCACGACAUGUGCAAAUACGAGGAACAGUGCUUACUGAAAAGCAUAAGUCUCGACCCUGAUGAGGACAUGCAGGACCCUGAAUUAUUCUCCGGAUUAGCAGCUUUCCUCGAUACUGACCUCGAUUCCACCGAACGAGAUCAAGUGUUUACGAAAACGAUACCGCGAAUGGUGGAGAGAGCAAAAGCCCUGAGAUCAUGCAAACCUCUGCUGGGUUUGCACUUCAGUCUUCAACAGCAAGACGAUACCAUCGACUACAGCUACGCGUUCGCUUCAUCUUUAAUUGCGAACGCAUUCUUCUCCACGUACCCGAAGAGGACCACGAAAACCCAUCCGACCUUGCGGGAUUUCAAUUUUACGAACUUUUUCAAACAUCUUCAUGAGAACGGGCAGAAAGCGAAAUUGAGGAGCAUAUUUCGUUACUACGAUCAUCUCGAUAGCGAAAACGCGCUAGAUGGAAAAUUGAUCGUUUCUAGACAGGUACUGACGUCGAAGCAAUGGUUAACGAUCGACGAUUGGUUGGAGAGCACCGUUCCUUUAUGUCCGCUGAUGAUACGCCACGAGGGUCGCCUAGACAGGAUGGAAGCCGAUGCUAAAGUAUUGCGAGUUUGCUUCGCGAGCGCGAAAUUUGGCGGCGGUGUACUUGAUGGUGAUGUUACGCAAGAAACUGUACAUAUAGCAACGCAUCCCGAAAUGCUUGCAGCGAUAUUGUCGGUCGAGGCCUUAGAAGACAACGAAGUUUUGAUAAUCGAAGGCGUUAGGCAUAUAUCUAGGAUAAACGAUCCGCGCAACAAAGCUGUAUUCGAAGCUUUAUCAAAACCAAAUACCGUCUCGGUGUGCUGUAUCGAUCCUGAAGAUUAUUCGCAAUUGCCGCUGUCGCAGUUCGAAGAAGACAACAUACUGCGAGAGUUGAAUAAAUCUCUGCUCGGAUUCCGGCAGAGGCACCUGCCGACCAGUCCGACCGAUCCCGUAAAGUCAGAACCGGAUACGGACGGGGCAAUGGGGUCUCGGAGAUUAUCGCCGAUCGGAGAAAGUUUUAGUAGUACGCCACCGGAAGUGGAAGACGAUGAUAAACCACCGUCAACCACUAACAGUUCUAAAGAAGCCAAGUCCGCAGUACAAGAACAUAAGCAUGAUGGCUUAGCAGAAAUUCGUAGCAAACCUAAUGGUAAACCCCGAUCCGUGAGCCCUCAUAAAACGUGUAGUGACGCCAAUUACACGAACAAAAGGAAUCGAUUCAUCGUUCUCGGAUCCAGCGGGGAAAUUUUACCGGUCACGCGAAAAUCGUUAGGUCAAAUGUCGAUCUACAGUAGCUGCAAUAGUCAAAGUACAGAUAGUUUUCACAGCGCGAAAGAUACCGUAGACGAAGACGUCGAGGAGGAAGAUCAAAGAUUAAGCAAACGCUACACCGCUCAAUUAGAUACACCGGAGCGUAGAGGAAACUUUGCCCAACGUUUGAGAGACGCAUUGCGACGAGAAUACACGAGUGGGACCGGUUCGACUAAUACUUCGUUCGGGGAAAGUAGUUACGCGGUAGGAAUAAGUGUAUCUGGGAGCCACGUUUGUGAUCAGGACAUUAAGGUGAAAAGGGGUGGUUCGAGGGGAUUCGUUUUACGAGAUGAGACGGUGGACGAAGAUUUUUUAAAAGAAUCGUUGGAAGCCGAACAAAAAUGGUUAGGCCGAUUUCGGCAGAAUCAACCGACGUUGCAAAGGCGAGACACGAGUGCUAGCAGCAGAUACAGUUUCAGUACUGAAUACAAUUCUGAUUUUUGCUCGGAACUCGAGGAAGUUUACGAGCAACUAGCGAAAUGGUUGGAGGAUCCUAUAAACGCGGACGAAUCGCGCGAAUUAGAUGCGAGGGACAAAGCGGUGGUUCGAUUCGCGGGCUCGUUGUUAAAGAGAGCGCUCAGUGAAUCGUUCGCAGGUGUGCCCGUCCAAGAGGGUGAACCGCAACCGUUCAUUGAUCCUACUGACGUGACUCAGAGCCACAAAUUAGCUCUCGCCGUGAGAAGCUUGAGUUUAGAAUUAGCCCGUCAUAAAAGUAGAAGACAGCAAUCAGUGUCUGUAUCUGAAGACAUAGAUCGUUACGAGGAUGCUUUAAGUAAUCAUACGGUAACGAACGAAGUAAAGGAUAUCCAACGUAGAAAACUUAAGAUGAUAACGUUUACCUCUGAAAUUUUACAAACAUUGGUCGAAGACGAGGCGACCGUACAUUUAUCUGAUCCUACGAAAGGGGUAACCGAUGUAAAAGAUAAUAAACUUGCAGAACAAUUCGAGUCCCAUGUAACACUCAACAUACCUAGAGACAAUAGUCCACAAACCAGUGGAUUGCUACCCAUAGCUACAGGUAACUGGGGAUGCGGAUCCCGGUUGAAAGGGGAUCCACAAUUGAAGCUCGUCAUUCAAUGGCUUGCCGCUUCUCUAGCGGGAGUACCAAAGUUGAUUUACUUCACAGCAGGGAAUACGAAAUUAUCGAAGUUAGAUACUGUCUGUAGAGUACUCGUGGACAGACACUGGUCCGUCGGCGAUUUAGUUGCGGCGACCUUAAGAUUUGCUUUACGAACUAUCGAGGAAAGAACGGAAGGAAGGAACACUCUGUUCGAAGAGAUCAUCGGUAUGGAUAAGCCAAGUCCUUAGCCUGAUAUAAUGCUGUCUGUGCUGGUAGAUAUUCUGGCUACCAUGAUCGAAGACAGCUAAUUUAAUACUUGAAUACGAAGAGUACAACGCGCGAUCCUCUAUGUUUCGUGUAAUUCGUGAAAGUAUUAUUUAACGGAAAGAACAGUCGGUCUUUUCAAAUUUAUACGAAUCAAAAAGAGACGUGGAUUUUUAUACUCGAAUAUCUCAUAUCAAUGUAAUAUCAAACGUCGCACAACUAAAUGUACAAAAGAUUACCUGAGACCCAAGGUACACGUACAGGUGAUAUCAAAAAUUGCUAUUACAUUGCACGAAAGGUCUGACAACUUUUGCCAUAAUGAAAUUCUUCAAAGUUUAAAUAGAUCUAGUCACGAAGAGAGUCAAUCCUGUUUUACGUUUACAUAAAGUACGUAACUGC